AUGAUGGGUUUAUCAACGAAUCUCCAUAGCCUCGAUCUCCGUUCCACUUUCUUCACCGGUCUGCGUCCUUGCUCAUCCCCAAUCAGAUCUAGUUUCAUCAAACUCUGUUCCAUUUCCAACCCUAACCCUAGACGCGAAUUACCUACCCUCAGAGCCCAGAUUUCUGCAACCUGCCUGGAGACUUUGGUGAAAGAGCGUCAAGAAGACAGAGAGCCGCUUUUCUCAACCCAACGAAACGGUGCUUCUUUGGUGUCUUCAGUAGUCAAGUUCGAUGUUGCCUGUACGUUCCCUAUCGGCGAUAACAUGUCUUGUGGGGAGAAGAUGAAAAUCAAGCUUGCAGAGGUCAGGGAAGAGUUCAAGAUGUCCGAAUCUGAUUGUGGCUCUUCACGUGUUCAAGUGGCACAGCUGACCACAAAGAUCAAGCAUUUGUCCUCUCUUCUACAUAAAAAGGACAAGCAGUCGCGAAGAGGGCUUAUAGCAAUGGUGCAGAGACGGAAGAAACUGUUGAAGUAUAUGAGACGAACGGACUGGGACUCUUUCUGCCUUUCCUUAUCAAAACUUGGCCUCCGUGACAACCCACAUUACAAGUCUUAA